CCCCCUCCCCCUCCCAUCACACAACCCCUCUCCCAAUGAGGAAGGCGAAGAUGCAAGAGAGAAUCCGCCGGAAAAUGCAGCCGGAGCUCGAAUGACUUUCCGGCCAAAAAUCCCGCAACAUACCGUCGUUGAAUCCUUCCCCCCUCGUUCAUCUCCGAUCAAAAAUCAUUAACCCUAACCCCUCUUCAAACUUCAAACCCCGAUGGAUUACCCCAAUAUUCCUGGCCGAAGCCCCCACCGGAGGGAGCAAGCGAUGGAUGCUCCGAUCGUGCCCGGCCACGACGACGAGGAGUGCGGCUCGACGUCGAUCAGCCGGACGGUGAACGGCUCCCACGCGUUCACCAUCAGCGGCUACUCCCUGGCCAAGGGGAUGGGGGCCGGCAAGUUCAUCACCAGCGACGUCUUCACCGUCGGGGGCUACGACUGGGCCAUCUACUUCUACCCCGACGGGAAGAACCCGGAGGACAGCACGACGUACGUCUCCGUCUUCAUCGCCCUGGCCAGCGACGGCUCCGACGUCAGGGCGCUGUUCGAGCUCACGCUGGUGGACCAGAGCGGGAAGGGGAAGCACAAGGUCCACAGCCACUUCGACCGCGCCCUCCAGAGCGGGCCUUACACCCUCAAGUACCGCGGCAGCAUGUGGGGUUACAAGCGUUUCUUGAGGAGAGUUGCUUUAGAGACUUCUGAUUACAUCAAGGACGAUUGCCUUGUGAUGCACUGUACCGUUGGGGUUGUGAGAACCCAUACCGAGGGACCCAAACAGUACCGAAUUCCCAUUCCGCCAUCCGACAUGGGCCAGCAUCUGAAGGCCCUGUUAGAUUCUGAAGUUGGCUGUGACAUAGCUUUCGUUGUCGGUGACGAAACCUUUAGAGCUCAUAAAUUGAUCCUUGCAGCUCGUUCUCCGGUCUUUCGAGCCCAAUUUUUUGGUCUCGUCGGUGAUUGCAAUAUAGAGAAAGUUGUCGUAGAGGAUGUUGAUCCCUCGAUUUUUAAGGCAAUGAUCCUGUUCAUUUACACUGACGAAAUGCCUGAUUUACGUGAAAUCACGGGCUCAUCCUCUUCUGGUACAUUGACUAACGUGGUGCAGCAUCUCUUAGCUGCUGCCGACCGCUACAAUCUAGAACGAUUGAAAUUAUUAUGCGAGUCGAAAUUAUGUGAGGAAAUUACUGCUGAUACAGUGGCUACAACACUUGCCCUAGCUGAGCAGCACCAGUUUGGACAGCUGAAGGCAAUGUGUCUAAAAUUUGCUGCACAUCCAACAAACUUGGCGGUGGUAAUGCAGUCAGAAGGCUUCAGGCACUUGGAGGAGAGCUGCCCUUCCUUGUUGUCUGAACUGCUCAAGGCUUUCGUAACUGUGGAUGAUUCCUCUGACCGAUUUUCAAGUAAGAAGAGGGGAAGCGGCAGCAUUUACGGACUAGAUACGGGGCCAGUUGUGACCGGAGCUGAACACAGGGAUAUAGAUGGAAGGCGUGUGAGGAGGCGGAAUUUAAGAUGAAUUAGUUGCCUGAGCAUGUACUUAGUUCAAUCCUCUUGGUCUUUCUAGGAUUUCUGUUAGUCUUUUUUGUCUGUUGGUAUCUUAUUCUAGCAUUGAUGCAUAGAAAUUCUAUUGAGGUGACAAAGUUUGUUAUUGUUACUUCAUCAUUCCUCAUCAAGUGCAAAUCACCCACGAGAUCUGUUUCAGAAAUUUAAGUUCAUCUGGUCUUUAAUGGCAACUUGUUAACUUAGGUGUUCGGGGGGUUUAAUUGGAUGCUGUUUUUUAAAAACUGGUACCAUCUUGCAGACAGUGGUUCUCGUCGGUGCCCUCCUUUAAUGCUUGGCAUCGUUGAGCUGGUAGAUCAGCUCAGAGAAUCAUACAGAUUUCAGAGAGGUAAAUGGAUGAGGGUCAAUGGCACCUUGUACUGAGUGUGAACUCUGAAUCUUGGAUCUGCUAGUACUGCUGCCUUAACGGCUUGAAUUCUAGAAAAUAGGGGAGUGUCGAAGACCGAGCUCGAGGACAGGAUGCAUUGGUUCCUGCUAUUGGAGUUGAUUGCUUUUAUCAAAGAUUCUUAGCUGGGGAUCAUAUGUCUGGUUCAUUGUGGACAGUACAUGUAUGUUCAACUUACCUUUUAUUGAAUGGAAUGGCUCUAUUCUGCUUUC